AUGGACGCGGUGGGAUUGCGUUUCCUGCCAAAGGAGGAAGAGAUGUCUUUGGCAGCCGACAUAACGGCAGUGGCUUUUGCUGAGAGUCCCUUCUACAGCUAUAUCUUCCAAGAGCCUUCGACAAGGGUCAAUGCCCUAACAUGGCUCUUCAAGCAGAAUUUUCGCAUGCGUGCCAACCAGGGAGUUCUUCGGGGAGCUUUUUCAGGUGAGAAGAUGGUUUGCUGCUUUCUCCUGGUGCCUGAGAAUGCUGCUCCGGUAACCUUCUGGGACAUGCUUCGGCACGGGCUCCUCGAAAUGCCUUUCAGGUUCGGCCUGAGUUCUGUGCGCCGCAUGCUCGCUGUUAUGCAGUGGACGGAUAAGUCUCUGGAUGCUUUGAAGCAAGAGCACCCGAAGCAUUUCUUGCUGGAGCGCAUGGUGGUGCUGCCGGACUGCCAAGGCCAGGGGAUCGGCACCGCUGCAUUGACGAUGGCUUUGAAGGAGGCGGAUGGAUCUGGCCGUGCAGUGAUCCUGACGACUCAGCUCGAGAGGAAUGUGGUUUUCUACCAGCGCCUUGGUUUCCAGGUCGUCAAUGAUGAGACUUUCGCUGGCGACGGCAUGCAGAUCCGGUGCUGGACUAUGCUACGGUGCAGCGAGCCCGCAUGUCCGGCACCAGUUUCUUGA